AUGUUAAAUAUCAUAAAAAAAGAGAUGCAAUUCAUUCAUAGCAGAGAAGAAGAGGUCAGCGACGGAAGGGAUUGCAUGCAUGAAGAAAUAGAAGUGAACGAGAAGCGAGUUACAGCCCCGUCAUCACUACCAAACGACGUCGUGGAGGAAAUCUUCAUAAGACUUCCCGUGAAAACCCUAAUCCGAUUCAAGUCUCUCUCAAACCAAUGGAGCUUGACGAUCACGUCUCAUAGUUUCGCAGAAAAACACUUGAAGAUGGCCCGUUCAUACCUACUUGAUCUCUUCAUCUCAACAAAUCAUCCUAGUCACAUGCUGUUCUCCGGCCCAAUCACCAAGACAGAGAUUGAGUUUCAGCCAUUUUGCUUAGAUGGUACUCGUCCUCUAUCUAACACUCAACUCAGUUUCCCUCUAGGGCUCCUUGGAUGGAUCCACUAUUCUAGAAGCUGUGACGGUCUUUUCUGCGUACAGUCCUCAAAAUCUAGUUAUGUAGUUAAUCCAGCUACUCGUUGGUUCAGAUAUGUUCCUCUAUCUAGGUUUCAGAUUUUGAAUCCCACAAACCUUCCAGCGAAACUAAUCACUGCUGCAGCAUUCGUGAAGGCCGUUGAUUACAAAUUAGAGUGGUUGUAUAAUUCUUUUCCAUUCCCUCCAAACAAGGGAGUCACCACGUGUGAGGUUUUCGAUUUUAGGACAAACGCUUGGAGAUACUUGACUUGCACUCCAAGUUACCGCAUUCAUGGUGUGCCCGAAUCUGCCAACGGGUCAGUUUAUUGGUUCACGGAAUUAAAUAACAACUACAAAAUCGACGUAAUAGCUUUCGAUAUUCAUACUGAAAAAUUUCGGUUGCUGCCUAAGAUUCAUCCAGUUACUUCUAGUUCAGUUCCUUAUCAUAGUAGCAUGUGCACUCUGGAUAAUCGUUUGUGUAUAUUGACAACCACCAGUCUACUAGACAAAGAGUUUUGGAGAUUAAAGUCAUCAGAAGACAUGUGGGAGAAGAUUUUUACGAUUGAUUAUCUUUCUACUCCAGUCUCUUGGAUUGGCGAUGAGUCUUGGUUACCGGUGACAAUGUGGAAGAAGAAGAAGAAGAUGUUGCUCUCACAUCCAUGUUCAGGGAAUCUGGUAAUACUCAAUCUCCAAACAAGAUCUGUACGUAUAAUCGAUAUCCAUUCACAUAAAUUUUGUAGGCCAUAUUUUGAGAGUCUGAUCUCUAAUAUAUAGAAUGCCUUUUUGGUCGAUUAUAAGCAUAUU